AUGGUCCCCUUCAUACCAUCCAAGGGAUAUAAGUACAUAUUGAUUGCUGUAGACUAUGUCUCGAAGUGGGUGGAAGCCAUCGCACUUCCUGCCAAUGAUGCUAGUGUGGUGGCAAGAUUUCUGAAGAAGAACAUUUUUACAAGGUUUGAAACCCCUCGAACCAUCAUCAACGAUCAAGGUACUCACUUUUGCAGUCGGCUUUUUGAUAAAUUGUUGCUCAAGUAUGGGGUAAAACACAAGAUAGCGACUGCUUAUCAUCCUCAGACGAGUGGUCAAGUGGAGGUACCGAAUCGAGAAAUUAAGAGGAUUUUGGAGAAAAUUAGCGUAUUGGGCGAUAAAGAGGCUGGAGAAAAGAGAUUGUUGCAGCUGCACAAGUUGGACGAAGUUCACUAUCAUGCUUAUGAGAACGCGAAGAUGUACAAGGAGAGGACAAAGAGAACUCACGACAAGCGAAUCCAACCUCGCAAAAUGGCUAACACCAAAGGUAAAGGAAAGUUGACUACCACCUCCGCCUCUCAGGGCACAAAGAGGUCUAGAGCUAAACCCUCGACAGCAAAGAAAUCAGUAAAGUCCACUUCGGGGGGUAAGCAGCCGGGUGCACCUAUUCCUCGACCUCCACCUAGGAGACCUUUGCCGGAUAUACUACCGAUAGCAGAGGAUUGGUAUUCAUAA